CUGCAAUGCCCAACAUCAUGGGCUUGGACUGGCAGUUUGCCAACCAAGAUCUUAUCCUCCAAGGCGCAUGAGACUUGACCGCCCAAACCUUGAAGGACACCAAUUUUUCUGCUCCUACUAGUACUUGAACCGUCUUAUUUAUUAUUCCUCUCUCGCGUUCGUGAAGUUCUCGGUUGACCAAUUCCUAGUGACUUGCAGUGGAUGGGAUCCAUAGCACCUGCACGGUCCACCUAUAGAUCAGUUACCGGAAUACCUAUUCUGUUCUCAUUGCCGAUCCAAUUUGUAGCACAGACUUGAUCUUACGCCUUGAGCCACCUCAGAGGCCCCUACCCCUCAGAUCCAGUCCACUUACACGGCGGUCAUCAGCCUAAGGCUCCCUCGCCAUGGCGAUGGAAUAUAUCAACUACAUCAAGGCAAAGGCGCAUAUAGCCACCUCACGCAAGUCGGAGACUCCCGUGCUGUCGGAAGAAGAUGAACAAUUCCUCGAUCGCAUCGUAUCUCAGGAGAACCCUCCGCCCCUCCCGGCGCGGACUUACCUCGAUGCACCGACACAAGCCAAGGAUGCCCAAGUGGCACUCAUGGAUGGCGCUCAGAACAUUCCACUACCAUCAACACCACCAGACGAAGCCUUUCUGGCCGAGCCUGAUCGGAUGCCCAAUGACCAAGGCAACAACGUGAACCCAGAAAAAACAGAGACAGGGGCCAAGUCUGGCAGAUCACGACCCACUUGGAGCUGGCUGAGACGCGACAGUCGAGAUGCGAAGCAGCAGGGCCGCGAAGCCACGGCUGCUGGGUUGGACGACAUAGCGCAGAAGUUAAGAAAAGCAGAACUUGAAGACAGCAACGACGACGAGUUAGCCCGAGAAAUCAAGCGGGAAGAAGAAGACAUGACGAUCGUGCUUGAACGACUCAAUCUUGCAGCUGUCAACAACCGAGUCUUCUCCAUCAGCGACGAGACCCAAGAGCUUCUGCAGAAGUUUAAUCUGGUUUUCAAAGACCUGGUUCGCGGCGUGCCCACUGCAUACGACGACCUCGAAUCUCUCUUGACCAAUGGCGACCGACAACUCCAAAAGACGUUCAACUCUUUGCCUGGCUUUCUUCAGAAACUGAUUGAGAAGUUGCCAGAGAGCAUGACCAAGGGCUUCGCUCCUGAAAUCAUGGCUGCCGCGGCCGAGCGAGCCCAAAAGAGUGGUGUCAACAUGGACAGAGCUGGCAAGGCAGCAGCUGCUGCGUCCAAGAUGGCGGGAAUGAAGACGCCCUCGUUGAAGGAAUUGGCGGCGAAGCCAGCAGCCAUCACGGGCAUGUUGAGGUCGAUUAUCAACUUCUUGCGAGCCCGUUUCCCGGCUUUUAUGGGAGCAAACGUUUUAUGGUCGCUCGCUCUUUUCGUUCUGCUGUUUGUGUUUUGGUACUGUCACAAGCGUGGCAGAGAAGUGAGACUCGAGAAGGAGCGUCAGCUCACCGAAGAGGAAGUGGGCAAGCUCGAAACGGAAUACAAAGUCCACCAUCAACAUCCUGAUAGCGUGCCCACAACUACGGCAUCAAAGGGUGCGUCGAUGGAUGAGGUCAAGGCGGGCAUGGAAGAGGCUGAGGCUCUCAAGAGGGAGGCCGCAGCAGCGGAGAAGCCGGUGGACCCAGACACUGUUCCUCCAACGACCGUGCCCUGAGCGACAGGAGUCGAUCUCGAUCGGAUCUUCUAGCUGCGAAAUCAGUAUUCUUUUAACGAGUGAUGAGUGAUGCAAACCGACGGCCUUUUGGUGGGAACCUGAAAGCGAGCCACGAGGAACGAGCGCCGGAGUGUGGGGUUCUUUCUUCUGCGUCCGGAGUCCUGAUGCCAGUAUCAAUGUACAACUGUAUUAUUGUUCUCACAGGAGCAGCGCAGCUUCGCCUUUACUUGCCUACCGUACUGUAGCAGGCUUGAGUUUCAAGUUUGAUGACGAGAGCAGAUGGUAUUCGUGCGUCAACAGAGUCGCGGUCCCUUCUGGUGCAUUAUAAUUCCC